AUGAGUCAGUUCAACACCAAUUAUAACGAAGACCAUUGGAAGGCUGCAAAACGCAUCUUACGUUACUUGAACGGCACCAAGGAUCAUGGCCUCAUCUACGUCAAAAACGGCAAGCAGUUGUACGGUUUGGUCGACGCCGAUUGGGGCGCAAAUCUUACCGACAGGCGUUCAUACAGCGGAUACGCGUUCUUAUUAGCCGGCGCCGUCAUAAGCUGGGAAGCGCGAAAGCAGCGCACAGUUGCGCUAUCCAGCACAGAAGCCGAAUACAUGGCUAUCUCCGAGAGCACAAAAGAAGCCAUGUACCUUCGAGGAAUCCUGAGCGAUCUAGGCAUUUCAUGGGAAUGCGUGCCACUAUAUAAUGACAGCCAAAGCGCACAAAAACUUAUACAGUGCACUGGUUAUCGUUCCCGUACGAAACAUAUAGACGUGCGACAUCACUUUGUGCGAGAAUGCCAUCGGCGCGGUGCGAUAUCAUUGUGUUAUAUGCCAACCGAGAAUAUGCCGGCGGAUUUUCUCACGAAAGGUGUACAACAAAUAAAACAUUGCAGAUGCAGAGUAGCAUUGGGCGUCGCAAAACAACGCCAGGGUGGCGGCUAG